CUGCAAAAGACCCACAUAGGUAACCGUGCGUCGGUGGAAAAGCCACUUGCACGGGUAGUUAUGAAUUUCCUCAGGGGGCAAAAUUUUGGGAGUGUGUUGUGUACGGAUAACGCUGAGGAAGUGGUGAAGCUCGGCCUCCACAAUCCUGCCUCCUACCUGAAGGUAGCCAACUUGGGCGCGCUCAGCAGAUAUAUACUCAGAUUUCGACUUCUAGACAUAUUGCUGGCCAGGUUUCCAUCAACAGGGAUCGAUUCCUCUCUCCCCUCGGGAUCUCCGGUCCCUUGCAUCUCUUACCGUCAUACUUCUCUGGUGUUCUCGAAAUGGCUACCGACUCGACCGCACCUGCUUCGGCCGCUGCCUCGGCAGUGCCCGCGCCGGCUACCAAGCCCGUGAAGCCGGACGAAGAGGCCUUCAAGAAGGAGCUGGCUAAGCUCGAAAAGGAGCACAAAGAAGCAAUGGAUAAAUAUAACGCUGUCAGAGCCAAGAUCGAGCUCGCAGUGCCGAACAAAGACAAGGAGUCGGAAAACCCUACCCAGAAACGGCGACAGGAACUCAUUGCCGAGGCCAAUGAAAUCCGCAAGAAGCAGGCUGGCGGAAAGGCUUCGCGCACGUCUAAGAUGGAGCAGAUCAAACGCUUGGAUGAUCAGCUUAAGAGCCGGAUUGCGGAGCAGAAGGCAGCCCGCGCAAAAGUUCCCUACAAGAGCGUGGAAGAGAUCGACCAGAAGAUCGAGCGUCUGGAGCGCGAGGUUGGCAGUGGCCAGAUGAAGCUGGUGGACGAGAAGAAGGCCCUGACGGAGGUGUCGAGCUUGCGCAAGCUGCGCAAGAACUUCUCGCAGUUCGAUGACUCCCAAAAGGCCAUCGACCAGCUAAAGAACCAAAUCAAGGAGAUCAAAGAUUCGAUGGAGGAUCCUGAGUCCAAGGCGCUCAGCGAGCGCUAUAGCAAAGUCCAGGCUGAGCUGGACGCCAUCAAGGCCGAGCAGGACGAGGUUUACAAGAACCUGUCGGCGCUGAGGAAGGAGCGCGACGAGCUCCGCGCAAAGCAGCAGGCCACUUACCAGGCUGUCAAGCAGCUCAAAGACACUUAUCACACGCAGCGCAAGGCUGCACGUGCCUGGGAGCUUCAGCAGCGCGAGAAGCGGCGGGAACGGGAGCAGGCGGAGCGCGAGCGCAUUGCCAAGGAGCGGAAGAUGGAGCGUGCGAAGGCGAUGCUCGACGAGGCCAGCCUCCCGGCCUACACCGAGGAGCUCCGCCGGGCCAGCAGUCUCCUGCGCUUUUUGGACCCGUCCUAUACCGAAGAGGCCACGCCUUUGGUUGCUGACAAGGGCCUGGCGGCGACCGCGCAACGCAAGGUGGAUGCUUCGGCUUUCCAGGGCAUGCGCGCCCUGCGCAAGGAGGACCGCGUCGAGGAGUAUCUCCCUGCCGUCAGCAAGAAGGGCAAGAAGGGGAAGAAGAGCCCUGCCGCUGCGGAGACACCCGCUGCCGGGAAAUACAGCUGCCCUCCCUCCGUGAUUGAGGACUGCGCUUUUAUCGGCGUCGAGCCACCCAUGAGCGCCACUGAGGUGCCCGCCGUGGCCGAGAAGGUCAAGGCCAAGAUCGCCCACUGGAAGGCGGACCAGGAGGAGCAAACGAAGAAGAAUGUUGAGAAGGCCAAGAAGGAGAUUGAGCGCCUUGAAGCCGAGGAGGCCGCUUCCGCCCCUGCUGAGGGCUCCGGUGCCAGCACCCCGGCCAAGGGCGUGAACGGCAAGGAGGCUGACCAACCGGUCGUCGAAGCUGCUGAGCAGGUGCUUGAGACGCCAAAGGAAGUGGCGGCUACCGCUUAGGAGAGUGGUAUCCGUGCCGACCACACUUCGCCGGUGCGCACGCUGGCGGUCAGCGGCUUAGCACGGCUGUGACCAAAGAGAGAAGGUGGAAAAAGGAUACCGCGGCUUCCAUUC